CUACUCAUUCUCCUCUCUAAUAAUUAUCUUCUAUUCUUCUCAUUCAAUUCUUUUCCGACAUCUGAUUUUCUCCGGUUAAGCAGAGGAGAAUAUUUCUCGGAGAAUAAUGGCCGGAGCUCUAAUUUACGUCGCUAUACCAAUUCUUCGGCCACUUUCCUGUCGGAAAAUGCGGAGGAAUUCAUUUCGUGUUAAGGCUUCCACUGAAAUAUCAGAACCGACACUCAAUUCAACCCUUCAUAGUGAUUCUAACAAUGGAGUUUCGACAUCAAACCCUAAAAUUUUGCCGCCUGAGAAUUUCAAGCCACCGGAGCCGAAGCGGUUCGCAAUUAGACCGGAUAGGACUCUGGAUAUUCUUGGCGCUUCUCUAUCUCUCGUGUUUCGAUUGGGUACUGGCGUCUUUGUUAAUGGGUAUUCGGCAUCCCUUGUGUCAAAAGAGGAAAUUCCAUCUGACCAAUAUGCUCUGGAAUUUGCUGGUUUGACGGUUAAGGAGAGCUCAAAGUUAGGUCCUCGCCCCGAAAAGCCUAUUGAGAUAUAUGAGUUUGAAAGUUGUCCCUUCUGCCGAAAGGUCAGGGAAAUUGUAUCAGUGUUGGAUAUUGAUGUCUUGUACUACCCUUGCCCUAGGAACGGGCCAAACUUCCGACCGAAAGCCGUUCAGAUGGGUGGCAAGAAGCAGUUCCCUUACAUGGUGGAUCCGAACACUGGAGUAGCUAUGUAUGAAUCAGAUGAUAUAAUUAAGUACUUAGUCAACAAAUAUGGUGAUGGUCAAGUUCCUCUUUUGUUGUCUCUCGGUUUAUUAACGACCUUGACUGAAGGAUUUGCAAUGAUUGGCCGUAUGGGUAGGGGGCAAUCUUAUACACCAGCAAAAAUGCCAGCUGAGCCGCUAGUAGUGUGGGCAUAUGAGGGUUCUCCCUUCUGCAAAGUUGUCCGCGAGGUGCUUGUGGAACUAGAGUUGCCACACAUUCAAAAAAGGUUUUCGUCUACCACCUUUGGGGGUAAGGAAGUUUAGUGAAGAAAGUAAUGAGAGUGUUCAUGAGUUAAAUUAAAGUGCAUUAUUGUGCUGUAAGUACAAACUUUGAUUCAUUGGGAAUAAUUUACUGAGGUUUCGUUUGAUCUUUCCUUGGGAACAGAGGUGAAUUCUGACUGUUGGACCAUGCUCUAAAGGAAUGCACAAACUUGUUUUUUAAUCAUCUUCUGAAGAUAUUAGAUGUAGUUUUUUGUUUCAGAAGUUUUAACCAGAAUUUGAAGUACAAGUGGUUGAAGUUGCUUGUUUGACUUUCAGAUGUCAAACUUAGAUCAUAUGGGAUGACGUACCAGUUAUGUCUUGCUACUUUGACACGUUUUGGAAUGCCUCAAGUACUUGGUUUAAUGUGUAACUUGUGUUAUGAUACUCGUUCUGAGCUAAAAAUUCUAAUUUUUUUCGUAUUUCUUUUGAGAGUAAAAUGAUAGUGUAGCAGCAGUUAGUUAUUAUUUGGACUUUGGGAAAUACGUUUAUGUUUGUUAUACUUCUAACUACUCAAAGAACAUUCAUAUCUCAUAUAUCUUAUU